GAGAAUUAGUAUUCCAGUGUGGUACAGCAUGACAAAAGAAACUUUCAUAUGGCUUUGAAUUUUUAACUUUCAACAUCCAAAUUCUAAGGAUAUUACAGCCUAACAUAGCUUCAUAGCUAUUUAUGUUAAAUGUUAAACUUUUAUCAUUUAUUUCAUUUAAAGGUAAUAUGAACAAUGCAUUUUUUAUCUGCCCUUUUUUUAACAAGAUGUGGUUAGUUUCUAAGCAACCAUGCUGAGAAGAAGAUAAAAAAACUUCACUAAAGAAGAAAGAAACAAAAAAGUAGAUGUCAGCAUUUAGUCAUUGCUAGCAAGUAGCCUGCCAGUUAAUGUUACUUCAGAGAUGGACUUUAGUUUAUGACGUCUUCACAAAGUACAAAGUGCUUGUAAUUUGUCCGGUAUGGUACAUUUAUACUUUACAUAAUUAAAGAAAGCCGCCACCCAGACUUGUAGAUGACAAUAAAUUAAGAGACUGUAAGAACAGCCACCAAGGAGAGCAGAUCACAGGUCACAUUCUUUUAACAUCCCAUUGUCUUCUUCCUGAAAAAGUCUGUGCUACCAGCAUCCAGCCAUCAUGGAUAAAAAGGAAAUGACAAAACUGGAGGAAUAUUUCAUGAGGAUUGGAUUCAAGGAACCAUAUGAUAAGCCUGACUUGAAAACGUUGAUCCAACUGCAGGAACACUUCAUCAGAAGUGUUCCUUUUGAAAACCUUGACAUUUUCUGUGGAGAGCAAAUAGUUUUAGACUUUGAUGCCAUCUUUAACAAAAUAGUCAGGUGCAAGCGAGGGGGGUGGUGUUGUGAAAACAAUCAGUUAUUUUCUUGGGCAUUAAAGGAGCUGGGAUAUAACAUCAUCAACUUGGGGGCAAGGUCUUUUAAUAAUAAGAAGAAUGAUUAUAACCCAUUUGUGUCACAUUUCAUUACAAAAGUGAUAAUAGAUGGAAAGUCGUUUUUGGCAGAUGUUGGUUACGGUGUGUCUGGUCAAACCUGGCAGCCUCUUGAACUUAUAUUAGACAAGAAGCAGCCUCAGGGCCCAGGUGACUACCAGUUCAUAGAAGAAAAAGGAAUGUGGCACUUAGUAAAGUUUGUAAGAAAGAUUGAUAUUCCAAAUGAAGCUUUUGCAAAGUCUCCAUUGCUUAGUACAAAUCCUUGCAGGAGAUUAUACUGUUUUAACAUGGAGCCACGUGAAAUUAAUAGCUUCAAGGAAAUAUGUUACUACCUGCAGACCUCCCCUGACUCUCAAUUAAAUGGGAAGGCAAUCUGUACCUUACAAACACCAACAGGGGUCCGUGCUGUGAUUGGUAAGACUUAUAGUGAGGUCACCUACAGCUACCAAGAUGGAGCUGAUCUUUAUGAUAUGUCAACAGUAGCUGAGGAGGAGAUGGAGAAAAUGUUCAAAGAGAAAUUUGGAAUUGACUUGAAAGGCAAAUUUGUGCCUCAAAACACAAGCUAUUACACUUUAUAGAGGACAGAAAUCAGUCAUUUUAGCAGGAACACUCAGACUGUUGGUGCAUAAUGACAUUUGGCUGCGCAUCAAGUCUAUCAGAGCCAAAUCGAGUUACUAGUUAAUAUGUAUUUACUCAACUGGCAUAGACAAGAGAAAGCAGUUUAAAAUAAAGAUUAUAACUCAAACAUUCUUCAGCUAUUUCUUACCUGCUUCUAUUCACAAUUCCAUUCCCUUUUUUUUGCAAGUUUACCUUCCAGUUUGCAUUGUUUGUAGAAUGCAAACUACUCUUUAAUUUUUAAAUAAGAUAUUUCAUUGAUUUUUAAACAAUAAACUUAUUCAAAACAUUUUCAGACCCCUUCACUUUUUUUACACUUUGAUAUGUUGCAGGCGUAUGCACUAAAAUUGUUUAAAUUUGCCUUUGCCUUUUAAUUAACAUCACUCAGUACCUUAAAAUGAGAAAUUGGAAACAGGAUUUUAUAAAUCUUUGCAAAUGUAUUUAAAAUAAAACAUUUCGGUAUCAUAUUGACAUGAAUAUUCAGACCUUUACUUGAUACUUCAUUGAUACACCUUUGGCAGGGACUCCAGCCUGGAGUCUUCUUGGGUAUGACCCAACAAGCUUUGUGCACCUGGAUUUGGGUAUUUUCUGCCAUUCUUCUCUGCAGAUCCUCUCGGGCUUUGUCAAAUUGAAUGGAGACUUUCAGGUCUCUUCAGAGAUAUUUGAUUGAGUGCAGGUUGGCCCUGGUUGGGCAACUCAAAGACCUUCCUGAAGUUACCCCUAAGCUACUCCAGUGGUGUUUUUGCUUUGUGCUUAGGGUCAUUGUCCUGUUAGAAGGUUAACCUUCAGCCCAGUCGGAGGUCCAGAGCAUUCUGGACCAUGUUUUCAUUAAGGAUAUCUCUUUAUUUUGCUCUGUUCAGCUUUUCCUCAACCCUGACUAAUACCUGCUAGUGAAAAACAACCUAAAGUAAGAUGUUGUCACCACCAUCCUUCAUCAUUGGAAUGGCAUGCGUAGAAUUCACACUAAAACAUGGCGUGCGGACAAAAGUGGAAAUGUGUGUACGCACAAAAAAAUCCAG